CGUGUAGCAGCCGAAAUGGACGAGAUUGAGCCGUCUAGUACAGAUCUUAAGACCAAAGAUUCGCUCCAUGUAGACGAAUCUCAUGUGCUGCAGGAAAGGACCAUUGGCGUAUUCGGGGCUGUUUCGCUCGUUGUGAACAAGAUCGUAGGCGCAGGGAUCUUCUCUACACCAGCAACGAUAUUCAAAAACAGUGGCAGUGUUGGAAUGACCUUGAUCAUUUGGGCAAUUGCAGGCCUGAUCUCUACCUGUGGCGCACUGAUUAUGCUAGAGCUGGGUACAAGCAUGCCUCGAUCAGGUGGAAUGAAGGUGUAUCUUGAGCGAGCCUUUUCACCAAAAUUACUUGUCACAUGCAUCUAUCUGUUCUACUGUGUGUUUCUCCAGGUAUCCGCAAGCAACGCUAUAACGACAUCAUCCUACCUGCUCCAAGCAGCUGCUGUUACCUCUACAACCUGGCGAUUACGUGGGUUGGCCAUCGCCGCAUCCGCAUUUGCUGUUGGGAUCCAUACAGUAUGGCCACAGGGCGGACGAAGGCUACAGGAUAUACUGAGUGCCGUCAAACUUUUUAUAUUAUUGUUUAUUGUCUGUUCUGGGUUUGCGGCCCUGGCAGGUCAUAGUCAUGUGUCCAAUCCGCACAACUUCAGCAUCUCGACCUCCUUCCAAGGCACCUCUAAUAGCGGAUAUAGUAUCAGCACGGCCUUGUUGAAUGCGAUAUUUGCCUUCCAUGGCUACGACAACCUCAACACGGUUCUUUCUGAAGUGAAGAACCCGACCAGAACCCUUCGUAUUGCUCUACCCACCGCGAUGGGCCUGGUCACUCUGCUAUAUAUCCUUGCCAACAUUGCAUACUUCGCUGCUGUCCCUAAAGACCAAUUCCUCCAUUCAGACGUCACGAUCGCCGCGUCCAUGUUCAACAACAUCUUUGGGCAAUCAGCUGCUACCAAGGCCCUCCCAGCUCUGGUGGCUAUAUCUGCCCUAGGCCAUCUCCUUGGCAUCGCCUUUACUGUUCCUCGCGUAAUCCAGGAACUCGGCAAAGAUGGGAUCGCCCCCCUUCCAAGCGUUGUCAUGCAGAACCGGCCUUUCCGCACUCCCAUAGUCGCGCUGUUUAUCCACCUAACAGUAACGAUUAUUUUCAUCUGCGCACCGCCGGCCGGAGAGGCUUUUAAUUUUGUUGUAAAGCUAUCAUCAUACCCAUCAACUGUGUUGCUGACGGUCACCACAAUCGGGCUCGUUAAGCUGCGUUUAGGAAAAGACAACCACUUUUAUUCACCGUUCUCUGUGCCUUGGCCUGUUAUUGGGUUUUAUUUAGCGGGUAGUCUGUUCCUAAUCAUCAUGCCUUUUGUGCCUCCAUCCGCAAAUGAAUCUGAAGGGCAGAUUCCCUAUUGGCUUUCGCCUGUUGUAUCACUUUCCAUUCUGGCGCUGGGUUUUGUGUAUUAUGGACUGAGAUUCGUCCUGCUACCCUGGGUGUUGCGAUAUAAGCUUUAUCCUAUCGCAGUCGAACUUAGUGAUGGGUCCCAAGUUACGCGUUAUAGAAAGGGGGUUUGAUAUGUUCUACACUACAUGUACCAGCUUAGGUGUAUAUCUUGUUGGUUACAUCAUUGUACUUUGAUAAGCAACCUGGGAUUAGUAGGUGUCUAUGACGGUAAAUAAACGGAAUAUGGAU